GAGAGGCGAGUGUGAGAGCAUCGCUGGGUGAAACAGACAACAUGUAAGGCAGCAUGAAGGACGAGUGCUCGGCUCCGGGAGGCUCACAGCAGGUGCGGUAGGGCUGAGGCUGCACCUCGGGGAGAGCAGGCUGCUGCUUCACCAUGUCCCCCGCAUCCGAUCAGCUCACUGACGAGACGGCUGUGUUGAUCUUGAAUCACACUGAAUGGAGAGCACUGAAGUUCCUUUAAGAUGACACGGACGCACCCCCCUGAUAUACUGGCAUCGACUCUGUAUCGGGACAUUACUCUAAAUCCUAUCACUGACCAUUCAAUUUCUCUCCACUCCUCCCAGCAAUGUGACUUGAAAAUGAUUGAUAAACCAGAAAUCAUCAACAAAAGACACUGCCGUAGCUUUGACUUCAUUGAGUCACUGGAUGACCCGCAGUCUUUCUCUUCCUCAAUGGAGUACCCUUACAAGAGGGCUGAGCAUGAGACAUUGAACAAAGAUCUAAUGUGGAAUGGACUAGAUCAACAGGGUCAUCUUCGCUUUUCAUCUCCUGAUCUGUUUAACACCAGGCAGUUCCAGCAGCACACCAGCCAAGACAAAACCAGCCAUCUUACAUGGUCGGAUUCUAAAAAGAGAACAAGAUCUAAAAGUGCUCCAAGAAUUAAGGCCACUCUCACUCCUGUGCCCAUCUCAGUGUCUCCACCAGGAGCCAGGAAGGGGAGGGAUGCACUUCAGGCUGCAUCAGAUACCCUGAGGACUUCUGAAACACAUCGAGAAUCCUACUCCUCAAACAGGGCUUUUUUGAAUGAGGUGCAUCCUAUCAAACUGCAGCCUCACUCUCCCCUCUAUGUCUCAGACUGUUUUGAGGAGCAUAAACCUGAUAAACCAGCCAUAACCCCUCAUGUCAGGUGCCGUGUAGACAUUAAACCAGAUGCUGCUGUACUGCAGCACACAUCUAGGCAGGUUCCCAAUGUACGGACUGAGCAUCUUUGGCAGAGAUACUCCCAAGCCAGUAGCAGUAGAGGCUUGUAUGUACCACGGCAGAUUGUCUCCUCGCCAACGCCCACUCCAAGCGAAUGCUACAGUGGAGAUUUUAGACAAGGAUACCACUACACCACCAGCAUGUCUCCCAUCUCUUACCAGCAUCUAGACAUGCACAGAAUGCCAUCACCAACAGCACCAUAUCUGAGUCAAGAACAAAGAGCUUACUCAAAUCCUAACAUACCAACCAAGUUUUUCUAUACAGAGGACCCUGUUCGGUAUCCAGUCCAUCCUUAUUCUAGAACAUACUAUCAGGAUGAUCGGUCCAGUUUAACCAGCCACGGUAGUACAUUGACUAGUCAAUAUGAUCCAAGGACUCGAUGGGUGCACACCCUUCCUGUCAGGUCGUAUUACACGGACCACCUGUCCAACCGAGAGCCAGCACACUCUGUAUAUAGUAGGCCUUACUCCACAAGCGAGGCAGGAUCAUACUUUUCUCAGACUCCAUUGUCUAGAUCUUACUAUGGAGAGGACAGCCGCUUCAAUCCGUACCACAUGAGUAACUCAAGGUUGUUUUAUCCCAAACCGUUCAGCUCUCCUGAAGAGCAGUACUUUCCAUCAAGGCCAUAUCAUACAGAGGGUCGUCGACGCCCUCGAAUGUCCCAGGCCUUUUCAGAUGACUGGUAUCGCUCAAGUAUAUCUGGUUACUCUAACCAGUCCUCUCAACACACACCACCAAGAGUAAGGCAAGACCCCAGUAUACCCCCGUGGUUUACUAGCAGCUGUGUGGAGACAAGUAGACUAGGAGCAGAGGUUAAAAACCACUCCAAGUCUUGGGACAAUAUUCUAUAUCCACGUCAUGACAGAGAGCAAGCAGUGCCUCGUGGACGAAGCUAUGAAAACCUGUUUUACCAAGCAAGGCAGGGAGCAUCCUCUGAUAUUACAUCUCAACCUGUUAUUCUUAACCUCUCAAGCUCGCCAAGGCGCUAUGCUGCACUGUCACUCUCCGAAAACUCAUUAGAGAGGGGCUCGAGCAAUCCGUGGAGGAAUACCAAGAGUGGGCACUGGUUUGUAACACCUGAGAUCACUAUAACAGACAAUGAUAUAUGUGCAGCCAACAGCAAGCGGCGCAAUGUGCACUCUGUCAGCUGGGAUACACUGGACGGUGAAAAGACACCAUCUCCGAGAGUAAUGCAUCAGAAGCAGCCAUCCACCACAGCAGAAAUAACCAAAGACAGGAAACACAACAACUUCUCCCUCCAGCAGAGUCUAGAGCAACUGGAUGAACUCUUAGCCGAUUUGGUUGUGGAUUACAAACCACCAACUAGCAGAAAGUCAAGUGAAGACCUUUUGGACCAGCUGAAACAACUAAUUACUGAAGACGAUGACAAAGACAGAGGAUCUGCUGGACUUGAAAACUUAGGAUGUCUGAACACACAGCUCCUAUCCUCUAAAUCCAGCCCUGACACAAUCAAAGACCCUGAUAGUGGUUGUGAUGCUUUACAAAGGAGUGCAGAAGAAUGUUCUCCAGACCACAGCACAGAUGAAGAUGACACUAUGGUGUGUGCUAACAAGAAGUGCAAACGGAUUGAGAGUAUGUUCAACGCCUGCUUGUACUUCAAAUCAUGUCAUAGUUGCUACACCUUUUACUGCUCACGUAACUGCCGCAGGGAUGAUUGGGAGACCCAUAAAGAGACAUGUCUGUACGGUCGUGUCAGCAGUGUGUGUCGACACACUCUUAAGUUCUGCAGAGAGAAUUCAGAGAUCCACAAAGCCUUCUCUCGUGUUGCGAAAGCUGGCUACCUCUCCAGAGGGAGAGGAGUUCUCUUUCUGGGUUUUGCUAAUCCAGAGACAGCUGACAACUUCCUGCAAGUUGGGCUUGAGAGCCUCCUCAUGUCUCCCACAUACUUAUCUCUCAGAGAGCUGGAUGGUUUCAAGGACAACCUAGGUGAAUACUGCAAGGAACUGCAGCAGGCAGGUAAUGAGUAUGACCCAAAUGAAUGUUUCCUUCUGAAUGUAUCCAUAGCUGUUGGUGAACUAGUGCCUAAUAGACCUUCACCAAGGGUCCAAGCACCGACAGUUCGAAAAUAUGCAAAGGUGUCCUUGGCCUCCUCGAGCCCUGACAAAAAGGUACUCAAGAAGGAUAGUGAAAUGGAAACGCUCAUCCUCACUCCACCUCCAGGCACACCAGACAUUGACAAGGAGGGGGAGGAGGGAAGAAAAGCCAGAGAGGUGUGCUUUGUCAAUAUCCAGCGUGAGCUCAGGACCAGGGGAGUCUUCCUUCGUCAUGAGUAUCCCAAAAUUUAUAAUCAGCUGUGUGAGUUUGUGGAGACCAACAAAAGGUUCACUCCUACUACGAUUUACCCAAUAGAUAAGAGAACAGGGAAACAGUUUAUGUGCAUGAUCAUGGCUGCAUCUGAGCCAAGAACACUGGACUGGGUGGGUACUCCUCAUCUUUUGGAUGAUAUUAUAUAGUAUAGCACUAAAUAGUAAUGAUAAUGAUGUCAGUACACUAUGUACAUACUGUAAAUACAUGGUGUGAUUUAGCAAAUUGAACACUGAUAUGGAAAUUUGUGUGUACAUAUGUGAACAGUCUCCCUUUCUGUCUUUCUCUUAUUUCUCUUUGUUAUCACACACAC